ACCUGCAGGUCACUUGGGCUCCAGCAUGUGGCUGCUCCUGCUACUCGGUGCUUUGGUCUGGGGAGUGCUGUGGUUUCUCCGGGACCAGCAAAGUUUGGCUCCCAGUGAUGCCUUCAUCUUCAUCACGGGCUGUGACUCUGGUUUUGGGCGGCUUCUGGCACUACGACUGGACCAGCGGGGCUUCCGCGUCUUGGCAAGCUGCCUAACCCCCUCGGGAGCUGAGGACCUACAGCGGGUGGCCUCCUCCCGCCUGCAGACCAUCCUGCUGGAUGUCACUGAUGCCCAGAGUGUCCAGUGGGCAGCCAAGUGGGUAGAGACGCAGGUUGGGGAAACAGGACUUUUUGGCCUGGUGAACAAUGCUGGUGUGGCUGGUAUCAUUGGGCCCACACCAUGGCUGACACGGGAUGAUUUUGACCGGGUUCUGAGUGUGAACACCAUGGGUCCCAUCAGUGUCACCCUUGCCCUACUCCCCCUGUUGCAACAGGCUCGUGGCCGGGUGGUCAACAUCACCAGUGUCCUGGGUCGUCUGGCAGCCAAUGGUGGUGGCUACUGUGUCUCCAAGUUUGGCCUGGAGGCCUUCUCUGACAGCCUGAGGCGGGACGUGGCUCCUUUUGGUGUAAAGGUCUCCAUUGUGGAGCCUGGCUUCUUCCGAACUCCUGUGACCAAUCUGGAGAGUUUAGAAGACACCCUACAGGCCUGCUGGGCACGGAUACCUUCUGCCACACAGGCCCUGUAUGGAGAGGCCUUCCUCACCAAGUACCUGAAAGUGCAGGAGUUUAUCAUGAACCUGCUCUGCGACCCGGACCUGACCAAGGUGAGCAGGUGCGUGGAGCAUGCCUUGACUGCCCGCUACCCUCGAACCCGCUACAGCCCGGGCUGGGAUGCCAAGAUGCUCUGGCUGCCGGCCUCCUACAUGCCAGCCAGCCUUGUGGAUGCUGCGCUCACCUGGGUCCUUCCCAAGCCUGCCCAGGCAGUCUACUGAAUCCAGCCUUCCAGCAAAAGAUUUUUCUGUAAAUCCAGGACUCUUGAUGUCUUUCUGGCCCUGCCCUGUCACUGCCCAUGCCUGGCACAAAGUA